AGUUGUAUGAAAGUUGUUUGUUCAUGCGUUGUUGAGACGUGGCUUUGCAAUCGGCAGUGAAAGUUGAAAUACACGGCUUGUAUUUGCGAAUUCUAAGCAAGUUGGACGAUGUCUAACUUUGGUAAUUUCAAUUUGAGUUCGCUUAGCUCCAUGAGCACACUGGGCAGUUUGGCGCAGUCGGCUCAAAGGCUUGAUAGAUUAAUGGCAGGUAACCGUUCAAGACAGCAAGAUACUGGCAAUAACGCCCGCAGAUUGAUGGAUAACGACUUCUUUGGUGCUCGAAACAACGAGCGAAACCGUGGAAGAUCCCCUUCACCUCAAAGGCGUGCUAAUCGUGGCGACAGACGCAAUGCCAAUCGUCGUGAUCGUGUUAAUGCCAGGAGAAAGAGAGAUGACAAUUUUUAUGGCCCAGCAAGUGGUGCCGGAAUCUUAGGUGCUGCACCAAAUAGGAAUGGCAGAUCAUCAGGUACAGGGGAUGACUCAACAUGGAAUGAAAGUAGCGGGAACCAACCGCAAUUUAAUCAACAGGCACAGCAACUUUUAAACAUGAUGCAGACACAACAGCUCUUGGCUGCUGUGCAGGCUCAGGCAAAGUUAGCUAAUCAGCAGCAGCCACCAAGUCUGAUGAGUAGCACUGUGUACCCACGUCAGAUAGGUGGUCGUAUGUCUAACCCAAGGGGUGGUCGCUUUAAUCGCAAUGACAGAUCACGUCAAGGAAUUUCUAAUCGUCGAGAAGAUCGUAAACGAAAGCACUCACCCCCUUCAAGACCUUUUAGACGAGAUCGACGUGGUGAUAAUGAAAGUAAAUAUCAACCAAUACGAAAACUGUCAAAUGAUGUUUCUGCAAAAAAGAACGCGACCAAAGAAAAAGAUGAUGUUGAGGCUUCAGCAAAGAAACAGGAGGAGCCUUCAAAAAUUUCUAGGAAUGCAGCCGGGGAAGAUAUAGAAGAAUUGAUCAGGACAAACUUCGAUGGCAAACGUUAUUGGUGUACACUUUGUAAAAUUGUUUGCAUCAAAUUGAAGAAUAUCCGAAAACACUUCUUGAGCGAGCGUCAUGUGAAAGCUGUUUUUGAAAGAGAUGGAAAAGUGUUUGAUCCAGAAAUCAUGAAACAACAGGAAAUAAAAGAAGAAAAGCCGAAGCCAAAGGAUAUCAGGGAAGUCUUAAAAUAUGUUUGCAGCACAAAGCAAACGGCAAGGAAAGAAAACAAGGAUAUUUACAUAUCGUCUUUGACUGAUUGCACCGUAAAAGUCACAGAUUUCUCUUGCGAGGAAGGCUUUAUGGGUUCUGAAUUUGUGAAAGCCGUUUCUGGAUUCAAAUGCCAAUUAUGUAAUGUUUUCAUGAGACAAGGAAACGAUAUCAUUCAGCAUCUCAAAGGCAAGAAACAUCAAUAUAAUUAUCAGGCAUAUUUGAAAGAAAAUCCGGAUUAUUUGGACAAACAACGGGAAGUGAACAAGAGAUUACUGAACAUGUUGAUGAAAGAUGAAGGUCAGGAGGUGGUCUUGCAAGAUUGUACUGGAGACAAGUUUGCUGACAUUAAUCUUCCCGAAGAAAAGCCCGACGACGUUGAUUUUGAAGUGGCUGGUCGUGAUUCAGUUGACGUAUUGAAAACAUAUGACGACUCAAAGAUGGAGAAUGAAGCAGAGAAAGGCGCUGCUUUAAAUAAGUCCGACCUUGAUAAUGUUGCUGUUGAUGAAACUGAAGACAUGAAAACAGUAGAUAGCAACGUGGAGAAAGAAGAUAAUGAGGAGAAAUCUCAAGUUGUGAAAAAUGUCGAUGAAAAAGAAUUGGAAGUAGAAAUGAAAGAACAUGAUGACAAAAUUGUUCCAGAGGAAAAAAUGGAAGACGAGAUGACGAAGGAAGAGGCAAAUUCUGAAGAAAAAAAGGACGUCAUGGUGGAAGUUGGUGUUGAAGAUAAUGACGUCAUAGUGGAAGCUGGUGUUGAAGAAGAUGACGCCAACUUGGAAACUGGCGUUGAAGACGAUGAAUUUCCUCUUGAAGACUUGUUGCCAAAGCAUAAAAGGAUAAAAUCUGACCAUUACAACAAGUCCGAUACAAAGUCCUCCGAGUUAAAUGUAAAAGAGUCCGAUAUUGUUGUAAAGACGCCCGAUAUGGAUACGAAAACGCUCGAAAAUGAAGAACAAGAGUCACCCGAAACACCCAUGUCCAAUGAUCUUGCUGAGGAGGAAACUGAAAAUGUUACGCCCAAAAGAGGGAAAAAAGGAAAGCGUGGCCGCGGAAGCACCAAAGCUACACGCGGGAGACGCAGAACAACCCCACGCACAGUUAAAACGUCAAAGAAUUCUGCUGAGAAUAUUGAGAUGGUCGAACGUGUGAGUGAGUCUCCAAAGAUGAUUUCUAAAAAGCAGAAGGUAAAUGGCACCAAAUCGUCACAAGUUGUUCAAGAUACAUCCCCUGUAAAGAAAUCAGAAGCUGAGGUAAAGGCAGAACUUGUAGAAACAGGAGAAACGACUGUGGAAUGUGUUGCUGAAAAGUUUGAAGACUCUGAACCUAUCAAUAAACAGGAAGAUAACAAAAUAGGAGAUGAUUCGAAAGAGGAAAAGAAUUUGGAACAACUAGAAAGCAUGAAAAAGCCGGAAGCUGUUGAGGAUCGUAAAACUGAGAAAAAAACAGAAAUUCUUAAAGAAUCGAAAAAACGAGAAGUGGGGAAAGAGAAGAAACGUCUCAGAAAACCCAAAUCAGGUAAAUUUGCAGAACCUGAGAAUGAGGUCAGUAAUAAACCAGAAGUUGACAUAGAAAAAAAAAUCGAGAAAGACCCAGAAGUUAAGAAAAAAACUGAAGUUAAAAAGGACUCGAAAGUUCAGAAAGAAAACGAUGUGGAGAAAGAGUCAGGCGUUAAGAAGUCGGAUGUUAUAAAGGAGCCAGAAUUUAAGAUGGAACCUGAAGUAAAGAAGGAGCCCGAAGUUAAGAUAGAGCCCGAAGUUAAGAUAGAGCCCGAAGCUAAGAAAGAGUCUGAAGUUAAGAAAGAUCCUGAAGUUAAGAAAGAGUCGAAAUGUAAGGAAGAGUUGAAAGAGGAAGAACUAAUGGAUACGGGAAAUGAAAUCAAUGUAGUGGAAAAAGCGGAAGUGGACGUCAAACAAGAAUUGGAAAAUGAUUCAGACGUUGCCAAGGACGUUGAUAACUAUGAAAUACUGGAAACUGGUUCAGAGUUAUCAGACGAAAUCCUGCCUUUACAAGAUUCUGUAGCGAUAUCGAAAGACGAAGACGACGAUGUUGAUGCUUUUGAAGUGAUAGAUGAGGUUGAAAGUGAUAGUUGUGAGUCGGACAAUAUAUAGACUUAGUUCGAUCAACAAUCCAAGUAAAUAUGUUUAGUAUAGUUUAAUUCUAUUAUAUUUGAAGUGUCUUAUUUGACUAUUUCAACUUGUCAGAGUAGUUUUUACUGUAAUUUGAAACAAAAAUGUAAUAUGUUUCAAAUAUAGCUAACAGUGCAUCAUUAAAUAUGGAACUGCUUA